AUGACCCUGGUUCUGCUGCUCGCGAUACUUAUCGCGGUCAGGAUUCUGUAUGAACGGCGAAGGGAUCGCCGUCUCCCACCGGGGCCUCCCCGGUUGCCCCUAAUCGGAAACCUGCACCAGGCCCCGUUGGAGCUGCCCGCGCGCACGUUUCAUGAAUGGAGCCGAAAGUACGGCCCGGUCAUCAGCGCGCAGUUUGGCAUGAACACCGUCAUCAUGAUUGCCGACCCGGUGAUUGCCCGGGACCUGCUUGACAAACGGGGCCAGAUCUACAGCGAUCGCCCCCGGAUGGUCAUGGCGGGCGAGAACCUGACCAAGGGCAUGCAUCUGCUGCUCCGCCGGUACAACGACCGCUACCGACUGCAUCAGCGUAUGGACGCCCCCGCGUUGGGUCCGCGCGCCUCGCCAACCUACUAUCCCCUCCAGGAUCUGGAAAGCAGACAGCUCCUCUUCGACCUGUUGACCUCCAACGACUUCGAUAAGAUCUUUGGCCGGUACGCCGCCAGUUUGAUGUAUGCGCUGGCAUAUGGGUAUCGGCUUCAUACGGGCAACGAGAAGAUCAUGAAGGAUGCGCACCAGGUGCAGCAAAACUUCGCCUACGCCGGCCGCGUCGGCACAUGGAUCGUAGACGCCAUCCCGGCUCUCAACGUCCUGCCCCCACUGCUCGCUCCCUGGAAACGAACGGCGGAGAGCUUUUUCCAGAUGGAGAAAGCCAUGCACCUGCGUAACCUCGACGCCGGGCGGUCGGCGUCCGGCUGGAACUGGACCAAGGAAUUCACCAACUCGCCAGAAGCAAAGGACAUGGAUGACGUGGAGCUGGCGUAUAACCUGGGGAUCGUCGCCGACGCUGGUCUCGACACCACUACUAUGGUCAUGCGAGUGUUCACGCUCGCCGCUCUCGUAGCCCCGGACUUCAUCCCCAAGGCCCAGAGCGAGUUGGACCGGGUGGUGGGACCGGAUCGCCUGCCCGUUCUAGCUGAUAGGGACCAUCUCCCCUAUAUCGCCGCAGUGGUUGAGGAGACGCUUCGCUGGCGCACCAUCGCCCCGACGGGGGCCCCGCAUGCCACCACGCAGGAUGAUUCGUACGGAGGCUACCUCAUCCCUAAGGGUGCGACGGUCAUGGCUCUCUUCUGGACAAUGUGUCUGGACGACGCCCAAGGGGACAGUCCAUUCCAUUUCCGCCCAGAACGGUGGCUCGUCCAGCGCCUGGGGAACGGCACCUCCGACAAGACCAGUGCAGAGCAGCAGCCAUUCGUGAAUUUUUUCGGGUACGGCCGCCGGAUCUGUGCUGGGCGACAUAUCGCUCGCAACUCCCUCUUCCUGCUUAUUGCGCGGCUGCUGUGGGGGUUCAACAUCCGGCAUGCAGUGGAUGCCAACGGGAAGAAGAAGAAAGUGGACGACAUGGCGUUCACCUCUGGCUUCGUCUCGGCCCCAGUGCCGUUCGAGGCAAUCUUCGAAGCCCGCAGUGCGCAGGCCGCCGCCGUGAUCGAGAGGGAGUGGAAGGUGGCGGAGAAGGAUGUUGGCAAGCUUAUGGAUGGGAUCCGCGAGGAGCAGGCUGCACGGGGUUUGAGUCUGUGUGCGUGA